UUGAUUUUCAUUUGACAUUGAACCACAGUUGAUCGAAGGGAUACCGUCGAUUACAUUACACCUUGUUUCUUUUGAAAAAUUCGAAUCGUUAUAGUUUCUGUUCAAAGUUAAAAUUAAACUGAAUAAUGGCACCGAAACCAGAACUAACAACCGAACCGGCUUAUCAGAAAAUUCAACAAUAUUUCAAUCAGAAUGGAGCCAAAAUUAAUAUCAAAAGUUUGUUCGAACAGGAUCCUGGUAGAUUCGACAAAUUCAGCGUAAAGCUACAAACCCCAGCCGACGGUGAAAUUCUAUUGGACUACUCCAAAAACCGUAUCACCGAAGAAGUAUGGAAAAAUCUAUUGGACCUGGCAUCGGCUCGAAAAUUGGAAGAAGCUCGCGCUGCAAUGUUUUCCGGUGAACACAUCAACAUCACCGAAGAUAGGGCCGUAUUGCAUGUGGCUUUGCGUAAUCGUUCAUCAGACGCAAUUAAUGUUGAUGGAAAAGAUGUUAUGCCAGAAGUGCGUGCUGUUUUGCAGCACAUGAAGGAGUUCACACAGCAAGUAUUAUCUGGUGAUUGGAAGGGCUACACAGGCAAGAAAAUCACAGAUGUUGUCAAUAUUGGUAUUGGUGGCUCGGAUUUGGGACCGUUAAUGGUUACAGAGGCUCUUAAGCCAUACGGUAAAGGUUUGACCAGCCAUUUCGUUUCGAACAUCGAUGGAACGCAUAUGGCUGAAACGUUGAGAAAAGUCAACGCAGAGACCACAUUGUUCAUCAUUGCGUCGAAGACAUUUACGACCCAAGAAACGAUUACCAACGCUACGUCAGCUAAGACAUGGCUCCUGGAGCAUGCUAAAGACCCGAGUGCAGUUGCCAAGCACUUUGUUGCGCUAUCCACGAACCAGGAAAAGGUAACUGGAUUCGGAAUCGAUGCCAAGAACAUGUUUGGCUUCUGGGAUUGGGUCGGUGGACGUUAUUCGUUGUGGUCAGCUAUUGGUCUAUCCAUUUCCUUGUCAAUUGGAUUCGAAAAUUUCGAGAAACUGUUGGAUGGAGCCUACUACAUGGAUCAACAUUUCAAAACCACUCCCCUCGAGAAAAACGCGCCAGUGAUCUUGGCUCUUCUCGGCAUUUGGUAUUCGAACUUCUAUGGAGCCGAAACGACAGCCCUUCUGCCAUACGACCAGUAUUUGCAUCGAUUUGCCGCCUAUUUCCAACAAGGUGACAUGGAAAGCAACGGAAAAGGUGUGACUAAGUCAAGCACUCGUGUGAAUUAUAACACUGGUCCGAUUGUUUGGGGUGAACCGGGCACAAACGGUCAGCAUGCGUUUUAUCAAUUGAUUCACCAAGGAACCAGAUUGAUUCCGUGCGAUUUCAUUGCCCCAGCACAGACGCACAAUCCGAUAGCUGGAGGAGUUCAUCAUAAAAUUUUGCUGGCCAACUUUUUGGCUCAAACCGAAGCUUUGAUGGCUGGCAAAACCGAAGCACAGGCUAAAGAAGAAUUGGAGAAGUCCGGCCUGACCGGUGAGAAAUUGGCGCAAUUGUUGCCGCAUAAGGUGUUCACUGGAAAUCGUCCCACCAACUCAAUUGUGGUGAAGAAAGUGACGCCAUUCAUUUUGGGAUCUCUAAUCGCCAUGUACGAGCACAAGAUCUUCACUCAAGGCAUCAUCUGGGACAUCAAUUCCUUUGAUCAAUGGGGUGUAGAACUGGGCAAGCAACUAGCUAAAGCGAUUGAACCGGAAUUGGCCGACAGUAGUAAGAUUUCGUCGCACGAUGCGUCGACAAAUGGUUUGAUAAACUUCAUCAAGGGCAAUUGGUAGAUCUUCGUUAAAAAUUGUGUUGUUCUCGUUUCAUGAAUGCACUCGUUUUGAAAACGUCGCAUAAAAAUGACGGUCGUAGACUGUUGUCAUUUUCAUAUUAUUUUUGUUGUUGCUAAAUUUGGUUCCUGUUUUUAGGCGACAUAGUCACAUAUCCUGUAAGGUUAUACGAAA